AUGUCUGUUCCUCCAAAAUCUAAAGACAACAAAUCUGAACCUGUGGCAUAUAGUGAAGCUGCGCUCAGAAAUAAUGCUAUUGUUGUCGAGUACUGCCGAACAUCAAUGGCAGCUCUUUCUGGAUCUACAGCUGGUAGGUGUACUCGGUCUAACAGGGCUGAAUGGCUUUGCUUUCUAUGUGCUGUCUGUCAUCACCUUGUGGGUUAUGUUUAUGAUAAAAGCUGGUCCUAAUUGGCACAAAUACUAUGUAUCAAGACAAAGUUUAUUAACAAAUGGUUUUUUUGGUGCUUUAUUCACCUACAUAUUAUUCUGGACAUUUAUAUAUGGAAUGGUUCAUGUGUAUUAGGUGAUUAAUGUUAAUGCAAUUUCUUAGUAUAAACUGUAAAUAUGUCUCUGUCACAUUGUAAACAUCAUCAGUUAUAACCUAAAUCUAUGGUUGAUUGUAAUAACAGGUAGAAAACAGUUUAAAAACCUUAAGUUA